CAAGUUCUAUACUUUUACUCAUACCUACCAUAUUCUUGGAUAAAAGAAAGUUUGUUCAGAAAAUUUCAAUGAAUUUCAGUUUAUCAACGAUCAAUGAUCUCUCAAUUUUGAAGGUGGUCUAUAUAAUAUUUGGUUUCUAAGCUACAGUCAUAUAGUCACUUGGAUUAGUCUUGAUCGGUUCGUCUUUAAGUUUACAGACACAAUGAGGAAAUCAUACAUUUGUAUUGCGGAGGUUCUAAUUUUAAGCUUCAUAUCAGUGGCCAGUGCACAAAAUGUUGUUAACAAUAAACGAUGUGCAAACCCGAAUGGUGAGAAUGGUUUGUGCAUACACUUGGAACAAUGCACAGAACUUUAUCAGAUGCUGCCUAAAAAGCCAUUACCACAAGCUAAUAUAAAUUUCCUUCGAAGUAGCCAAUGUGGUGCUGUUAAUGGAAAGGUCUGUUGUUCAGAUCGACAAAUGCGACCUUCACCAUCAAUUUCAGAUAGUAUCAAAACAAGAAUGGGAACAGAUACAAAUCUUCCCGAACCCGGCCAGUGUGGCAAUGUUAGGUCCAAUCGAAUGUAUGGUGGUAGCAUUACAAAACUUGACGAAUACCCAUGGAUGGCAUUGAUUGAAUAUGACAAAGGUAAUAAUUUAUACGGACAUCAAUGUGGUGGAAGUUUGAUCAACAAGCGAUAUGUUUUGACAGCAGCGCAUUGCAUAAGCCAACUACCCCAAAAUUGGAAAUUACAUCGAGUUCGCUUAGGUGAAUGGGACACUUCAACAAAUCCUGACUGUGAAGUUGACACUCGUGGCAUUGAAGAAUGUGCUGAUCCUCAUGUUGAUGUUACAAUCGAGCAAGUAAUUCCUCACGAAAAAUUCUUGAAAUCGAACCGAUUCCACGAUAUUGGCCUGAUACGUUUAUCACGUAACAUAAAUUAUAACGAUUUUAUUCGACCAAUUUGUUUGCCACUUAAAGAUAGCCUCAAACGAUCAACAUUUGAUGGAAUCAAAAUGGAUGUUUCCGGUUGGGGAAAAACAGAACAGGGAACACCGAGUAAUGUUAAACUUAAGGCUGAAGUUCCAGUUGUACCGCUAUAUGAAUGCCAACGUAUUUAUAGCGAACGCAGUGUCGAUUUAGGAACCUCACAAAUGUGUGCUGGUGGCCAACAGGGUACUUGCACUGGUGAUUCAGGUGGACCUCUUAUUGGAUUGGAUUCGACUAAUAAACAGCAAGUUUACUAUUUCAUAGCUGGAGUAGUAUCUUUUGGGCCAACAUCGUGUGGAUUGAAGGACUGGCCAACGGUAUAUACAAGAGUCAGUGAAUAUGUUGAUUGGAUUCAGCAAAAUAUUGAACCUUAAAUUUUGUUUUGAAUUUAUCAAACCACGAAAAUAUAUUUUUGUAAAGACAACGGGCUUGUCUCUAAUAAGUCAAUCGUUCCCGCAUUACGUGCUUUUGUCAUAUUGUCUAUUAUUGUGUAUAUUUUAUUCAAAUUCAUUAAAGUAAGGGCCAAUUUUUCAAUAGUCAGAUAAACCUCAGAUAGAGCUUAUUCCUAGGAAUAAAAGUUUUUUUUAUAUUGACAUUUAUUCUUCUGAUAGUCUAACUGACAUUUUGAGAAUAGUGGUCCUCAAAA